UCCUAGUUUCACCAACUAAUAUAUAAGUAAAAGCUAAGCUUGUACUAAACAAGAGUUAUAUGAAGUUUGAAUUCUCUCCCUGUAUCUCUUUCUCUCUGAAAAUAAAGAUCUUAGUUCUUUGUUACUAAACCAGAACUCUCUGUUUCUUCAUACUUCACCAAAGACAAUAGCCCUUCUUGCCUAGAUAAUCUCCCUACCUCCAUUCUUCCUCAAUAACAUCCUUCUUUUGGCAUUACCGUCUUAACCUCUACAUUCUCUUUAGGGUAGCCACCUUUAACCUCUUUAAAUGGACCCCUUAAAACACUUUCUGAGAACAGAAGGAUGUAGCAGCAGUGAAUCAGGGUGGACAAGGUACUUGGUCUCUCCUAUGCAAGAUGAUUCUGAAUGCAGUGAAGACAAUUAUAACAACAAUCACAAUACCAAAAAUAAUGAUGAUGAUGAUGAUGAUGAUGAUGGUGAGGGAAAUAGUGAUGAUUCAAUGGUGUCUGAUGCCUCUUCAGCACCAACUCAUCAUCAGUACAAACACAUCGGCGGUCGAGGUAGUCAUAGCAAUGCUCAUCUCAAGCACGAUAAGGGUGAUUACUCUAGCAAGCAUUCUUCACGCAAGGAGGCAAAGAAAGAAGUGAAAAAGAGUGCUGAAAACAGUGGUAAAUCCAAAAAGAGACUCAGAGUCGGAGGUCAACCAAAGUACCGCAAGUAGUCAGGUUGAAAGCCCUGAAAACAUGUUAGUAUUCAAUGGAGCUUACAGACAAGCAAAUGUAUUUUCUUUCCCAGGUCUUUUCCAAGAAUAUAUGAUCACAAUAUGUUGCUUCUUUCUUUCAGUACUUAGAUGUUAUAGUUUGCAGUGUUUUUAUGAUUCCAACCACAAAUUUUAAGUACAUCUUUGGUAUCAAUAAACAAACAAGAUUA